AUUCAAAUACCGUCAGAAGUAUUUAGACCCUUCAAUACUUCUUUGGAAAACUCUAGAAACUCCUUUUCCCUUGUGAACUGCUCUAGAAAAACCCUUCCAAACCUGCAAUUUCACGACGUUUGCAAUCGAAUCUCUCCGCCGUCUUCCGAUCUUCCUCUCUUUACUUCAUCGAUUGACUGCUUAGUUUUUGAAAGAUGAGCGUGGUUGGGUUUGAUUUUGGUAAUGAGAGCUGCGUUGUUGCUGUCGCAAGGCAAAGAGGAAUUGAUGUUGUUCUUAAUGAUGAAUCGAAGCGAGAAACCCCUGCAGUUGUCUGCUUUGGUGACAAGCAACGGUUUAUUGGGACAGCAGGAGCUGCAUCAGCGUUGAUGAACCCAAAAAACACUAUAUCCCAGAUAAAAAGAUUAAUUGGUCGCCAGUUUUCUGAUCCCGAGCUGCAGAGGGAUCUCACUUCUUUCCCAUUCACUGUUACUGAAGGACCUGAUGGGUUCCCCUUGAUCCACGCACGGUACCUAGGUGAAACUAAAACAUUCACCCCGACUCAGGUGUUGGGUAUGCUGUUGUCAAAUUUGAAAAGCAUAGCAUCCAAGAAUUUGAAUGCGGCGGUUGUUGAUUGCUGCAUUGGUAUUCCAGUUUACUUCACUGAUCUUCAGAGAAGAGCUGUUUUAGAUGCUGCUACAAUUGCUGGACUACAUCCCUUAAGACUGAUUCAUGAAACCACAGCUACUGCUUUGGCAUAUGGUAUCUACAAGACAGAUUUGCCUGAAAAUGACCAAAUAAAUGUUGCUUUUGUGGAUGUUGGACAUUCAAGUCUGCAAGUCUGCAUUGCUGCCUUCAAGAAGGCUCAACUUAGAAUAUUGGCUCAUUCAUUUGACCGAUGUUUGGGUGGGCGUGAUUUUGACGAGGUUCUUUUCCAGCAUUUUGCUGCUAAGUUCAAGGAAGAGUAUAAGAUUGAUGUUUAUCAAAAUGCAAGAGCUUGCCUUAGGCUAAGAACAGCUUGUGAGAAAUUGAAAAAGGUUCUGAGUGCUAACCCAGAGGCUCCAUUGAACAUUGAGUGCCUCAUGGAGGAGAAGGAUGUGAGAGGGUUCAUAAAGAGGGAUGAGUUUGAGCAACUUAGCUUACCAAUAUUGGAGCGGGUGAAGAAACCUUUAGAGAAGGCUCUUGUAGAAGCAGGUCUAACUGUUGAAGAUAUCCACGCUGUUGAGAUUGUUGGCUCAGGCUCUAGGGUUCCAGCUAUUUGUAAGAUUUUAACAGAGUUCUUUGGGAAGGAGCCUCGCCGUACAAUGAAUGCCAGUGAGUGUGUGGCAAAGGGAUGUGCCUUACAAUGUGCAAUUCUUAGUCCGACAUUUAAAGUUAAAGAGUUUCAAGUUAACGAGAAUUUCCCAUUCUCAAUUUCAUUGUCAUGGAAAGGUGCUGCAGCAGACACUCAGAAUGGCGCUGCAGAUGGGCAGCAAACUACAAUAGUAAUCCCCAAAGGGAGUCCUAUCCCAUGUUUAAAGGCUGUAACAAUACUCCGGUCAGGCACACUGACUGUUGAUGUGCAUUAUGCUGAUGUUAGUGAGUUGCAGGCUCCAGCAAAAAUCAGCUCCUACACGAUUGGUCCCUUUCAAUCAAGUACUGGUGAUCGGGCAAAACUUAAGGUCAGGGUACGGUUAAAUCUGCAUGGAAUUGUGUCUAUUGAGUCGGCAAUGCUCUUGGAAGAGGAAGUUGAAGUCCCCAUAGCAAAAGAGAAUGCAAAGAUGGAAACUGAUGAUGCUCCAAAUGAGACUCUUACUGGUAAAGCUGAUGUGAACAUGCAAGAUGCUAACCCAGCAGCAGAAAAUGGUGCUCCUGAAUCUGGAGAGAAAACUUCAGUUGAGGAGAAGGCUUCAGCUGAAGUUAAUGACAAACCAUUGCAGAUGGAUACUGAUGCCAAGGUAUUCCAGGCUGAUGCUCCGAAGAUAAAGGUUAAAAAAAUAAAUGUACCUGUAGCGGAGUUGGUUUAUGGUGGUUUAUCACAAGAAGCUGUACAGAAAGCGGCUGAGAAGGAGUUUGAAAUGGCUUUGCAAGAUCGUGUAAUGGAAGAAACUAAGGAUAUGAAAAAUGCAGUGGAAGCCUAUGUCUACGACAUGAGGAACAAGCUUCAUGACAAAUAUAAUGAAUUUGUCACUCCCUCUGAAAAAGAGGAGUUUAUUGCCAGACUUCAAGAGGUGGAAGACUGGUUGUAUGAGGAUGGUGAAGAUGAAACAAAGAGUGUUUAUGUUGCAAAGCUUAAGGAGUUGAAAACGCAAGGCGAUCCAAUUGAAGAGCGUUACAGGGAGCACACGGAUCGGGGAUCUAUUAUUAACCAGCUUGUCUAUUGCAUCAAUAGUUACAGAGAAGCUGCAGCAUCUAACGAUUCUAAAUUUGACCACAUCGAUAUUUCCGAAAAACAAAAGGUCCUGACUGCCUGUGUGGAAGCUGAAAAUUGGCUUAGAGAGAAACAACAGCAACAAGAUGCGCUUCCCAAGUAUGCUGCUCCUGUUUUGAAGACAGCAGAUGUGACAAAGAAAGCUGAGGAGCUUGACAGGUUGUGUAGACCAAUAAUGACAAAACCAAAACCAGCUCCCCCAAAGCCAGCCAGUCCAGAGCCACAACCACAGCAACCUCAAGGAGGUGAGGCCCCCUCACCCGGUGGAGAUACCAACGACAAUGAGGCUCAGAAUGCUGAGCCUAUGGAUACUGAGAAAUCAGAGACUGCUCCAAGCGCUGCUUAAGUUGGUAUUACGCAUGUACUUCAUGGAUAUAGUUGGAGCUUCGAUGUGUUAUCGACCCCUACGAAUUUUAGGAGGAGCUUGAGCUAUCAAGUGUUUUUGUUGUUGAUUGGGUUUAGACAUUAGAAUAUUGUAAUUUUGUUUUAAUUUUUUUCAUUAGGGGUGGCUUUUAUUAUUAUUAUUUUACUAGGGAAAAUGCAGGUUGGGCGAAGGAAGUUCUUCAAAAAUCUAGUUUUUUUGGAUGGGUUUUGAAGAGGAUAAUGAGGUUUAGUAUUCUUGUUGAUGCUUUACUCUAUAUUAUCUUCAUAUUGUUAUUGAAAAAAAGAUUUUGUUUUACCAUUGCUUUUGCUGCUUUGGUUAUUGUCGGUAUCAAUUCAAAUGCAGUAAUAUAAAGGGUACUAAUUUAUUUAUUUACUCAAA